AUGGCUCAGGCCAAUCCCGCGCAGGCCAAUGCUGCUCCGGCCAAUCCUCCGCCGGUUGAUCCCGAACCAAAACAGAGGUCAUUAGACUACUUCGAAUACUAUAUUCGUGAAUUCAAUGGUCACCUCCGAUUUGUCAAGAUUCUCGGCUGGGGCGGCCAGGGUCUAGUCGCUCUCUUUAGGGAUCGGAACGACGAUGGGACCAGAGCGUACUACGUCGUAAAAUGCACCCUGAAUGACGAUCCGAGUCUCCUUGAGGAAGAGGCUGAAUAUAUGGAGAGAUUCCAAGAUUCCGAGCAUAUGGUACAAAUUGUUGCGCCAAAACGGAAGGCUCCACAGCCGGAGUCUGAGGAGGAUCCCGAGUCCUCAGAGGAUGAAAACGCGGGUGAUGAAGAUGCCGGCUUCGUUCUCUUCCUUGAGUACUUCCCGCGCGGUACAUUGCACCAACUAUGCAAGGCCGCCGCAUCGAGAACUCCGCCGGCAGCCAUGAGUAAUCAGACGCUGUGGGCUUUUUUUGAUUGCUCAUUCCAGAUGGCCCUCGCCCUUCUUUAUCCGUCCACAUUCUGGAGAGACCACAAAUCCGGUGUCAAGAAGCGGGAGCGGAUUCCGGGUGUCCCUGUCCAGACCGACUUGAGUUUUGGUCUGCCCGGGUAUGACGAACCUUCGGAUUAUGUUCAUUUUGACACCGAUCCAAGUAACAUACUUGUUGGCGACUUUGACGAGACAAUGUAUCACGUAGUCUCACCAGUCUUGAAGGUUUGUGCCCUUCUGCUAUCAACACAGGAGCAAUUCACGACCGAAUGGAACUAUAUCAAGGAGCCCCGCCAUAUUCCGCCAAGGUUGCCGGAUGGCGAGGACCCAGACCAAUAUGACAAGAAUAUCAAAUGGAGGAAAGUAGACAGAGCUGCCGCUGCUGCCGCUGCUGCUGCCGCGGCCGGGCCUCUGGGGGGUGGUGGCGCUGGUGCUGGGGCCGGUGGUCCAGGCGGUGCUGUGGAUGGCGGUGGGGUGGGAGUUCCGGGAGGUGCUAUAGGCGGCGGUGUCGCGGGUGCUGGUGGUGUGGGUGUUCUGGCCGGUGGAGUAGCUGGAGGUGCGGUGGGUGCUCUGGCUGGCGCUGUGGGAGCUGGUGCUCUGGGUAGUGCAAUAGGUGGCGGUGGGGUUCCAACCGCUGCUGCGGCCGCUGGUGGGGCGGGUGCUCCGGCUGGCGCUAUUGGAGGUGGUGCUGCCGGUGGUGGUGCUCUUGUUGGUGGAGCUGGUGUUCCGGCCGGUGCUCCGGCCGGCGGUGGAGCUGGAGGUGGGGCGGGCGCUGCGGGCGCUGGUGGGGCCGGUGCUCAGGCCGGUGCUGCGGGGGGCGGUGGGGGCGGGGCUGGAGGAGGGCCACCGGUCCCAGGGGCCGGCCCAACCACGGGUCCAACCUCCUCAGGCAGUCAAGAGGGCCCCGCCGGCACCUGGCGGCGGACCAGACGUCGAUCCGACGUCGAUCCGGAUCUCAGGGCUCUCGUUGCACGGUGUAUGAUGGACCAGCCGGCGGACCGUCCUGGGCUGCAUAGCAUGCGCGGGGUCAUCGACAAUAAGCUGCGUCAGCAAUAUGCCGCCAACGACCCGGAUAACGGCAGGCUGAGGGACGACCUUGCCGACUUGUAUGACCUAACCGCUCCUCCGACGGCACAGCCCCUAAGAAAGUUGAAAAGGACUCCCCUUGGGACACAAAUCACUAACAUUGACUGUUUGGAAUCUGCGAAGUGGCUGAAGGGAAGAGACAACAAUAUUGACAUGCAGGAUAGCGUAGACAAUAGCGAGGAUGAGGCGGACGGAGCCGGAGCACAACAGCAAAUUCAGCAACCUGCAGCACAGCCUCAUUGGAUCAGACUUAGGGUACCUGCAGCACUGCAGCAACUGCAGCAGCCUGUACCCCAGCAACAACCUGCAGAACACGAGGAAGUGGACAUUGAGAGUGAUUCGAAUGACGAUCUGCACGAAGAUUUCUUUAAGGGAGAUUCAGGUUUGGACGGGGAGAUCACAGAGGAAGAUUCGGGCCCAGAUGCCACGGAGGAAGAUGCGGAUGGAGUCCCUAUGUAA